AUGUUACUUCAAUACUUCAAAACCCUACCAUGUUUAGGUAUAUUAUCGUGUCCUUUUUUUUUUACCCCACAACCUAUCAUUCACCAAAGCAUCUUCAUUCCCUCAUCUUCUUCUUCUCAACAAUCAAAAACCUUCUUUCUCUCUUCACUCCAAAUUCAUUCAUACUCAACGAUUCAACAAUUAAUCUUCUCCUAAACAAAUAAAUGGUGGUUACUGUGUCUGAAGUUGAGCUUAAAGUUCAAGCUAUGAGCAAAAAGAAAACUACUAUUUCAAGAAGCUGGAUUUUGCUAAACCGUGAUGGAAGAGAAACAGUAUUAGAUGUUGAUAAGUAUGCUAUUAUGCGUCUUGUUGAAAUUCAUGCAAGAGAUCUUCGAAUUAUGGAUCCUCUUCUUUCAUAUCCUUCAACCAUUCUUGGAAGAGAGAAAGUCAUUGUUCUUAAUCUAGAGCAUAUAAAAGCUAUUAUUACUGCUGAAGAGGUAUUGGUUAGAGACCCAUUGGAUGAUGAUGUUGUGCCGGUUGUGGAAGAGCUAAGAAGAAGGUUACCACUUAGGGUAAGUGGUCAAGGACAAGGAGAAGAAGAAUCAUGUGCUCAAGAUAGUGAAGAAAAUGAAAUUCCAUUUGAGUUUCGUGCUUUGGAAGUUAUAUUAGAGGGAAUUUGUAGUUUCCUUGAUGCACGAACAAAAGAGUUAGAGACUGCUGCCUAUCCUGCUUUGGAUGAACUAACCUCUAAGAUCAGCAGUCGUAAUUUGGAUAAAGUACGAAAAUUAAAAAGUGCAAUGACUAGGUUGACCAAUCGUGUUCACAAGAUAAGGGAGGAAUUAGAAAACCUACUUGAUGAUGAUGACGACAUGGCUGAACUUUACUUAUCAAGAAAGUUAGCUGUUUCAUCCUCUCCCUCAAGUAAUAAUUCUGAUGGUCCCAAUUGGCAUCAUAGUCCAAAUCAAAGUUCAAAAAGACACAAAUCAAGCAGAGGAAGUGCAACAACACUUCAAGAGGAAAAUGAUGUUGAAGAGCUUGAAAUGUUACUAGAGGCCUAUUUCAUACAAAUUGAUGGCACAUUAAAUAAAUUGACCACGGUACGAGAAUAUAUUGAUGAUACAGAAGAUUACAUCAACAUACAGCUUGAUAAUCACAGGAAUCAACUGAUUCAGUUAGAGCUGUUCCUAAGUUCAGGGACUGUUUGUUUUUCCAUAUAUUCAUUGGUGGCUGCAAUAUUUGGUAUGAACAUUCCAUAUACAUGGAAUAAGGAUCACGGAUAUGUAUUUAAAUGGGUGGUGAUUCUUACGGCAAUGUUUUGUGGAUCAUUCUUUUUGUCCAUAGUAUCGUAUGCUCGACGCAAAGGUCUUGUUGGGUCUUGAAAUUAAUGUAUAAAGAUUGUUGCGUUUUGUUGGGAGGCACUAAAAUUUUAAGUCAAAAGUGUAUAGGAAUUAAUUAAUGUAUGUAUUUUCCUCAUAGAAUAUACGUGCAAGUUGUGUUGGAAUUUUAUUUGAAUUAUUUGAUUCUCAAGUUAUAGCUGCAAUGCAA